GUGCCGUGUGUCCAGUAAGUGUGGGCGGCCGUAGCCGAGUGGAUAGGGUAGCGGAUUCACGACCGAAAGGUUGGAGGUUCUUGCCCAGCUUCCAGCGGCAUUCACCAGUCCCCUCACGCUGAGUUGAAUAAGGCCCGUCUCGCAAGGUACAUCGCCAUCUAUUGUCGAACUUCCACCCUUGAUUAUUAGGACCAGUUACUGGCACAUGUCCCCCAUUGGGGAUACAGCCAUAAGGAAAGGAAGGAAGGAAGGUCUCCAGUAAGUGGUCUGUGGCUGUAUGUAUACAUGGAGUUCGUGCUCCUUAUGUAGUCUCCAUGGAUGCAAUCUUCUUACUCAUCUCUGGUAAUACAUAGGGUGCGUUCCACUUAACGCUCGCAAUGCUCGCGUCCACGACCGUAAGAUUUCGUGUUCCACUAGCUUGUGGACUCUUGUGGACGUCGUGGUCAAAAACUUAAGUGGAACGACUUAUCGGAAUUGUGAACGAUACAAAGAUGGCUGGUGUUGUAGAGAAUAUGUGUAUAAGGCUAAUGCGUGAACGGAAUUAUGUUUCUGAGAGUUCAUCAAGCUCAGAUGACAAUAAUAUCAUGUACCAUUUUUCGCACGCAAAGCAUCUUGUACAGGAACAUUUAAUUCAAGUAAUAUAUCCCUCUCGGAAUCGUACAGCGUUAUUUUUUCAGUCUCCAUCAUAAAUUUGAAUUGAAAAUGGCGCACAAAAAUAUCAAACGACCACAAAGACCCACUUAUUUGAUGUAAGCGAAGCGAUCGCAUCGCGGUCGCCAAUGAUGACGUCAUCGAUGACGUUUCAGGGACUGCUCACAGUGACCGCGGCCUUAAGUGGAACGAGACAGAGGGUGUUGCGAUCGUUGCGAGCGUUAAAUGGAACGCACCCGUAGUGGCUAUGCGGAAAAGCAUCUUGUCUAAUUUAUAUACGCUUCUUCUACUUGUUAACACCACUUACAUUUUGUAACCUCCAUUAAUACUUUCUAAUAUAAAAAACAAAUUUUUAUUGUUGUAUGAAUAAUUUCUCAAACAGUACGUCAAAUUAGAAGGGACGUAUUUCAAUGGAUAGAAAAACUGACACAACCUCGCUUGAAUUAGAGCCAAAUAUGAAUAUUAAAAUGGAACGAUUGUCAGAGUAUAUAAACGACGAAGACACAUAUCAACAUAAGGAACAAAACAGUACAGUAUGUGUUAAGGAUGAACUAAAAGACACAAACUUCUGUUUAUUCUCAAAAUCAGUGGAAUUCAAAGCUUCAAGUCAAAAGGUUUUCAUAGAAGAACAAAUUCAUCAUGCAGCAUCUGAAUCAUCAAAUGUAAGUCUAUUUGACAAGAAGCAAAACCAGCCAUCCAUUUCUAGUGGACAACAACAUAACAAACGCUUUGUUUGCAUAUUUUGUAACAAAGCAUAUAACUACCUAAGUCACCUGAAAAAACAUAUGCGUACACAUUCUGGUGAAAAACCAUACUCCUGUGAAAUAUGUUUCAAAAAUUUUCGUUGCAAAGGUACAUUGAAAGUUCAUGUUUUAACACACACUGGUUUUAAACCAUUUAAAUGUGAUAUUUGUGCUAAGGAGUUUCAAACAUCAAGUAAUUUAAAGAAGCAUAAUUUGAUACACACUGAUAAAAAACCAUAUACGUGUGACAUUUGUCAGCAAAGCUAUCGUUGUAUAACUCAAAUGAAAAAUCAUAGGGUGCAACACAUGGGAGAGAAAAAGUAUAAGUGCAAUUUCUGUGUGGAAAAAUUUGGCUAUUUAGUUUCCCUGAAAGCUCAUUUACUCAAGCAUACUGGUAAAGUACCCCCUUUUAAGUGUGAUAUAUGCAAUAAAAGUUUCACAAUGUCACAUCACUUAAAGCGUCAUAAGGAAACCCAUAUAGGUGCACCAUUUAUUUGUCGAAAGUGCAAUCAAGAGUUCCUACAGUUAAGAGAGAUGCAAAAACACACAUCCGAAUGUAGUUCUACUGUUAUUAUUAAUGAUGAUUGUAGGUAGGAUAAUUUUUUUUCAUUGAGAGUAGCCUGUAAAGAUAAAGUUGAAUUAAAAAAUUUCAUUUCUAUCAAAAAAUGAUAAAUAUAUUGGUGCUGGUAACAGUGUUGUGUCAUAGCAUGUUACCACUCUAAAUAAUAA